UGCUAAGGUUCCUAGGCAAGGGUGGUGGAGGUAGAGCUCCUGGGCUGAAGCAGGUGUGAGGAGGGGUGGCUUCAGAGGGAAAUAAAACUACGGAGAACUAAGACCAGGAUGUUGCUGGUCAGCCUCCACCCUCUUCGGCUAGCCAGGCUCUGCAGGAGAGGAAGCUGCAGAACACCACUGACUGCCUGUCCGAGUCCCUGCACUGCCUGAUGCCCAUCAGUCCCUGGGCUGGACUAAGGGAGCUGGGGGGCCAUGACCAGUUCAGAAUCCUUGCUAUUUACAUCUUUAGGCCCCAGCCAAAGUUCUGGAGAUGGACGCUGUACCUUUAACGAGGAGUUCAAGUUCAUCCUGUUGCCUGUGAGCUAUGCGGUUGUCUUUGUCCUGGGCCUAGCCCUCAAUGCCCCAACCCUCUGGCUGUUCCUCUUCCGCCUUCGACCCUGGGAUGCAACAGCAACUUACAUGUUCCAUUUGGCAUUGUCAGACACCUUGUAUGUGCUGUCACUGCCCACUCUCGUGUACUACUACGCUGCCAGAAACCAUUGGCCCUUUGGCGCUGCCUUCUGCAAGUUUGUCCGCUUUCUCUUCUAUUGGAACCUCUACUGCAGUGUCCUUUUCCUCACCUGCAUCAGUGUGCACCGCUACCUGGGCAUCUGUCACCCACUGCGGGCGCUCCGCUGGGGCCGCCCACGAUUUGCAAGCCUUCUCUGCCUAGCUGUGUGGCUGGUGGUAGCUGGCUGCCUCGUGCCCAACCUGUUCUUUGUGACAACCAGCCCCAGUGGGACCACCAUCCUGUGCCAUGACACCACCCGGCCUGAGGAGUUUGACCACUAUGUACACUUCAGUUCGGCAAUCAUGGUGUUGCUCUUUGGCUUGCCCUUCUUGGUCACUCUGGUCUGCUACGGACUCAUGGCCCGACGACUGUAUCGCCCUUUGCCAGGAGCUGGACAGUCAUCGUCUCGGCUCCGCACGCUCCGCACCAUUGCUGUCGUGCUGACUGUCUUUGCUGUCUGCUUUGUACCGUUCCACAUCACCCGCACAGUUUACUACCUGGCAAGGCUAUUGAAAGCUGACUGCCAGGUGCUGAACACGGUCAACGUGGUCUACAAAGUGACCCGGCCCCUGGCCAGUGCUAAUAGCUGUCUGGAUCCAGUGCUCUAUCUGUUUACCGGGGACAAGUAUCGACGCCAGCUCCAGCGGCUAUGCAGAGGUACCGGGCCCCAGCCUCAGACUAUGGCCUCCUCCCUGGCAUUGGUGACCCUGCAUGAGGAAAGCAGCAGGUGGGCAGACACCCACCAGGACGUCAUCUUCCCUACCUAUGGGGGAGACAGAUUAUAACCCCGGACAUCAGCUAUGAAAGGAAUAGGGUAACUGAAGGACGGAGGGAAGGGAGCCUGUUAGUGACACCUGAUGAGGGGCUGCCCUCUUUACAGUCCACCUUUGGGGCAGUUACUCCUCGGUUUCUUCUUUGUUCUGCUUUUCUGUCCUUUCCUGGGGCCCCGAUUCGAUUUCUAGAACUGCAAGACUUCCCCAGUGCUCUUUGCCCUUUCUGCUUCCCCGGGUCCUUCCAUAGCAUGCCUUUCUCCAACCAGAGUAGAGAAUUCAGUCAGAGGGGUGAAGGGUGGAGCGAUCUCAAGACUGGCCUGAUGUAUAUAAUGGAGCAAGCCAGAAUCAGGAAGCUGAGGUACUAGCAUAUCACAGAUGACAUAUUUGCCAUAUGUAGCAUCCACACCCACUUCCUGGCUCCCUCUCAAAGACAAGCUAGUCUUACCUGCCAAGGUACUGAAAUAGGAUACAAGACCUCCAAACCUGCCGGGCAGAGCUCCACCAGCAGCUAGAAGCUUGGUGCUGUUGAACUGCUGAGCAGCUGUGAGGUAGAGUACUGCCCUUGAGGGGCGACCCUGCAGAGCUUCAGGAGGCAGAGUCCAGGUUGACAGCAACCUUGGGAGCAAGAACGAGACUAGACCCACCUCUGUGACUGUGGAGAAUGUAUUUGGUAGCUCCCAUAUGUUUAAUAAAAGGAAGAGUGGACAACUCUGACUGAGAGGGAAGAAGACCUUUUGAGUCCUUGGCUCCAAGUUCUAGAACUGAUGGGCAGAGCAGGUUUGUGCAAAGGAUAGGGCGGUGACAGGAAUAGACGCCCAGAACUGGCUCUUGACUGGUCUCUCCCCUUUCGCUAGCUCUAGUUAGAGAAAGGAUAAACCUGUCACCAGCUCGUUCUGAAUCAGGCUAUAGGAUUUCAAGGCCAGGGUGGGGCACUCGGUUUUGCACCUGUUCAAUCCUCUUGCCACAGCACCUAAUGAGUUUGGAGGACCUGGUGGGCGUACGGAGCCGGGGGAACUCAAUCCCGAGCCUGAGAGUUAAGAGUUUCUGGGCGGGCUUUCAUGCAAAGGGAAAUCUAUUUUCAGUCUCUUUUCCUACGAAAUCACCUUAGAGCCUGUGGGUCUUCUGAGUCAGACCCCAGCCUUUGCUGCCCUCUCUGGUCACCUACUCAUCUACUGACAUCAAGUUCUGAUUGGCUUCUAAGUGUUCUCUCUGUCUCUGGAGAGUAGGGGAGGGAGGGGCUAGGCUGCAGAGUAAAACAGCUUAAUCUUCAUGCCCCUCUGCCCUCCUUCCCAGUCUUUACAGGGAUUCUCUCCCUUGGAACACAAGAGUUCGUCUAUUAGUAGUAAAUUACUGAUCCUUUUUUAUUCUUGCCAGGUCCCCACUCUUAAGGCCACAGCCCCCUUGCCUGUCACCUCUCCUAGCUAAGAUUAUUCUCUUCAAGCUCCUCCAUUGCCAGGCCCCAUAACUCCAAGCUGCUUAGUCAAGACUAACUUCCUGGAUUUUACAGACUGCUACUGGGUACCUCUAUCUAGCCUAGAACUAGCUACAGAGACCUGGGUGGCUUUGAACUCAGAGAUCCACCUGCCUUUUUGCCUCUCUGAGUGAUGGGAUUAAAGACGUAUGCCACCAAGACUUUGUUUAUUUUUCUCUUUGUAUUUUUCAGUUACUUCCAUCACUGAUUUUAUACUUUACACUGAUUUUAUAUCAUUUGAAAAAGCCAUAAGCACUCGUACCUUAACCUUGCCAUCUCAUCUUGCUGCCCUUCUGUUUGUGUCUAUUCAUUCCACCACUGCAUCUCCAGAAAGAGGGCUCUGCACCCCGAUUACUCACGGAAUUGCUCCAAACUCUCCAAACUGCAUUGCCUCCCGCUCCGCUGCUCUCAGAACACGAGUUAUGUCUUUGGCAAGAAUUUUUAAUGAUAUACAUACAUAUUUAUCAAUAUAUAUAUAUAUGUAUAUAUUACUUUUAUCCAUCUUUGACCUCUCUAUUUCAGUCGACUCUAUUGCAUGUCUUUUAUAGUUGUUUAAAAUAUAAAAAUAGCACUUAAAGGUCUCACUGUGACAACACUGAGGGAGGAAAUGUGGAGAGAAAAGAUUCACCUAUUUCAAACCCCUAUUCUCACUUUUCAGGCUUCAUGUUCUCUUGAUUUGUAAUCAUGUACUGUCGAAGUGUAACCACAGUGUAUGAAAGUCUGUUUUUAGGGUAUUAUGGUAUGGUAGGCUAUAAUCCCAAGAGUUGAUAGUAGAGGCAAGACGGUCAUAAGUUUGAAGUCAACCUAGGCUAUGUAGUGAGACCCUAUCUCAAAACGAGUAUAAUCCUCUCUUAUUUUAAACUCUCUCCUUUCCCGUGUUGAUGCAGUCUUUCACAUUUAUUAUUUCAAUAGCUAUAUAAAAGUACUCCCAUUGGUAGAUUAUAUCUUAUUAGACUAUCCUUUUGCCAUUGAACAUUUAGGUAGCUCAAUUUUUCUGUGCUUUGAAUAUCUUCCUGCUUGUGGCUUUUUUUUUCUUCUUGGCAAUUCUGUGUCUAGUCUAGUACAAGUUCUCAGGAGUAAGAUUACCAGACCAAAGAGCAUGAACAUUUGUAUGGAUUGUGAUUUUUCAAAAUGACUGCAUAAAUUUUUACUGUCACAAUGAUAUAUGGCUAUCCUCGUUCCAUUGCAGUUCCAGCAUCAGACUUUAUAGGAAAUCUUUCUGGAUGGUAAACAUUCAAUUUGUUAAUUUCACUUCUUUACCUCCUUAUGGCACUGAACACUUUCUCUUCGUGUUUAUUAUUCGCAUUAUUCUUCAGCUAUUUUAGUGGUAAGCUUCUACUGAAAUGUGAUAAUUAUUUAAUAUGUGUAUUAUCAUUGGUCAUAUUUGACAUAUUUAACCCAUUUAUUAUAAUGCUUUAUUUCUUCACUUCAUUCCCUUGAUUUAGAGUCUCUUUCCUCCCGCUUUUCCUUCGUUACUUCUCUCUUUGCUGUCAUCUUCUUGUCUGACUCUCAACAUGUGGGGGUUAUUUAAUCCUUUCUCGUUUAUCAGAUUGUUGAUUUCCUCUUGGAGAGAACAAAUAGCAGGUGACUAUGAUUUAGUUGACUUCUAGUCCUCGAGAAUACCUCACAGGACACACAGGACUUGGGUUCCCCUUCAUUUUCCAGUUGAAGAAGCAGACCCAGUGAAGUGCCAUGCCUGUGACUUUCUACACAAUGGCAGGAAGAUACUAGACCCUGGACUGCAUUCCCACGACUCCUUUCAUUCUCCCAUGCCAGCUUGGUGCUAGGCCAGACCUUUGUUCCUCUAAACCUCAAUUGCCUAUUGGAUAGGUUCACUUAGAUCUUCCACUGUUGCUUCUAGCCCGUAAUAUACAAAAUGAAACCACCUGAACCAGUUCCCCUACUUAUCUUGCUCAUUUCUAUUCAUGACAUUUUUCUUAAAUUACCUAGGCUCUAAAGCUUCUGAGAAAAUCCAUUCUUUUCUCUUCCUGUCUUCAAGUUCUGACAUUGCUCUUUUUGCCAGCUGUAAUUGGCCUUCUUUUAUGGUCCCAAAUGCUACCCUUCUAAUACUGACUCUUUUCAUCUUCUCCCUGACUGAUGUCAUAGGUUUCUGUAUAGUCUUUACCUCCUGCCUCCUUUCACACAAAUGCACAUUGUCAGCUCAGUCUGUCCAACACUUCUCUCAAAGUCUUUGAUGAUUUUUUAUUGUCUACAAGUGAAAAUAAUUUAGGCAGAAAUUCAAGAACGUUUUAUGAAUCUUCUAUUCUCCCUCAAUACAAAUGUCUCUUCUCUAGGUUUUUGUGUUUGAUUGUUUGGUGUGUGUGUGUGUGUGUGUGUGUGUGUGUGUGUGUAUGUGUAUCUGUGUAUCUUGGGACAGAGCCCACGGUCUUGCAAUCGAGCUACAUUUCUAAAUUUCUCUAGGUAAACAGGUCUCUUGUUUUCUCUCUCUGGACAACACUUGCACUUUCUUACCUCUGGACUUUCAUUGUCUCUGUUCUCUUUACUGAAAUACCACGCCUCAAGUUGUCCUUUUUUAACUUUUUUCCACAGGCCAUGCUUAGGUCUCAGACACUUUCUCUGUUGAUUCUUAACCAACAGUGAUCUUCCUGAUGUUGUCUUCUGUAAUUACUGUCCACAGCAGUCAGUUAGCACCUUUAACAUUUCUUGACAUUACGGACACUAUUUUGAAUUAUCAGUUAAUUCUUCCUGCAUUCUUGGCUUGUGUAUCCCACCUAUAAACCCUUUGAGUUAAUGUAUUAUAAAGGAGAGAACACAAGACUGGGGAUCAGGACACCCAAGUUUGAGCCUUGAAUUUGGAAAUGGAACUCAAGUGUGUCACCUUAGAUGAGUCAUUCAAGUUCUUUGAGCCAUAAUUUCAUCAUCUCUGAAAUGGAGAUCGUAAUCUCAGUUUUGUGUAAUACUUCAGGUUACAGUGAGGCCGUGCAAAGCUAAAGUGCUAAGCAAAUAUAAGUAGCUGUUAUCAUCUCAUUUUAUUUGUUUAAUAAAUGGUGCUUAAUAAAUAGUUAAAGUAUGA